UAACGGGAUUCUCUCCUCUGGGGUGUGCGGCGCCUAGUGGUAGACGUAGUACCGUGCACCUGAACGCAGCAUCCUCAGCUGUCAGUUUUAUCACAUGAAAACGGAUGCUCUGUCCUAUUUCUCUAAGCGUGUAAAAAAUAAUAUCCCAAUACGAUGUAAACAUAGUCAGGAGUUCAGAUUGUAGCAGGAGCGAUGAGUUGUACCAGUGUUCAGUUGUUGCUAAAACCCCGUUCAGCUGUGUUUGCUGUCUUGAACACACCCCGCUGAGUACCCCGAUAUUGUUCAAGGGGAAUAAUGGCUGCACAGGAGCCGUCUCCACCAUCUUCCCUGGAAGGCAACAAACCGGGCUUCCCAAAGAAAAUUUUGGCCAACAGCCACGAAGACAAGCACUUGUGUAAUUCGUGCCAGAAAAUCCUGAGAAGGCCCCUGCAAGCCCAAUGCGGUCACCGUUUUUGUUCGUUCUGUUUCAACAAAAUUGUGAGCUCCGGACCUCAAAACUGCAGCGCUUGCAUCAAAGAAGACCUGUUUGAAGAACCCACAUCCAUUCUCAAACAGGGUGGUGCUUUUCCAGACAACGCAGCUCGCCGAGAGGUGGAGGCGUUGGCGGCUGUCUGUCCCAACGAAGGCUGCACGUGGACAGGAACCAUCAAGGAGUUUGAGGCGAGCCAUGAGGGGAACUGUGACUUCAUGAUCAUCUUGUGUCCUUCAUGUAAAGAGCUGAUGAGGGCCAACGAACAGGAACGCCAUAACGAGAGAGAAUGUCCCGAGAGGACGCUCAACUGCAAAUACUGCAAAGAACCCUUCUUGUUGAAGAACAUCAAGGCUCAUGACGAAAUCUGCCCAAAGUACCCCAUGAUUUGUGAAGGCUGUGCAAAGAAAAAGAUUCCCAGAGAAAAGUAUGUGGACCAUAUUAAGUUCUGCAGUAAAUUUAAAGCACCAUGCAGAUUUCAUGUUGUUGGCUGCGAUACGUCUGUGGAGAAGGAGAAGAUCCACGACCACGAGCGUCAGUGUUCCUAUGAGCACCUGAACCUGCUCCUGCAUUUCAUCAUGGGCAUCAAAGUGAGUUUGGAGAGUCUGCAGCCUCAGAGCCUGGAGGUGGCCAGCCACAAGCUGCAGGAGCUCCACCAGUCCCUCAGGGAUCUGGAGAUGAAGAUGAGUCAGUUGGGUGGGGGUGGUGCAGCUCCCGUGCAGGGUGCAUGCGCCCCGACUCUAGCCACCUCCUUCACUCCGCUGCCCAGCGCUAUGGGUGCUGCCCUGGAGCUGCAGCUGCAGAGUGAGAAGACCAAGGUGGCCGAGCUGAGCCGCCGCUGCCAGGACCUGGAGCUCAAAGUCAGCACGUUUGAGAACAUCGUCUGCGUCCUCAACCGAGAGAUGGAGCGAUCCUGCACCACCAUGGAGGCCUACAACCGCCAACACCGCCUUGAUCAGGACAAGAUUGAGAUCCUUAACAAUAAGGUUCGUCAGCUGGAGAGGACGGUGAGCCUGAGGGACCUGUCCAUCGUGGAGAUGGAGGGCAAAAUGAGAGAAAUGUCCGCAGCCACAUACGACGGCAUAUUUGUCUGGAAGAUUUCUGAUUUCACCAAGAAGCGGCAGGACGCUGUGGCUGGUCGAGCCCCCGCUAUGUUCUCACCUGCCUUUUAUACCAGUAAAUAUGGCUACAAGAUGUGCUUGCGGAUCUACUUGAAUGGUGACGGGACGGGACGUGGCACCCACUUAUCGCUGUUCUUUGUGGUAAUGAGAGGACACAGCGAUGCGCUCCUCAAGUGGCCUUUUAAUCAGAAGGUCACCCUAAUGCUGCUUGACCAGAACAACAGGGAGCACAUAAUCGAUGCCUUCCGGCCCGACAUCUCCUCCUCGUCCUUCCAGAGGCCCGUCAGCGACAUGAACAUCGCCAGCGGCUGCCCGCUCUUCUGCCCGCUCUCCAAGCUGGACUCGAAAAACUCCUACAUCCGCGACGACACCAUCUUUAUCAAGGCCAUCGUAGACCUCACCGGCCUUUAGGUGAAUGACAGGCGUAAAUCUGAGUCUGCCUUUUGUUGCUACCAACCUGUGUGAAUCAACAGGAUUUCCAUAUCACCAGUUAACGGCAUUUCUCUUUGGGUCGGUCUAGUUGUGUUUGUUUCCAGAUGGACCGGUGGUGGCAACAUGGAAGACCAGAGCAGGAAACAAACUGUACCACUGUAACUAUUAACCAUCAAGUUUUUAUCCAAGAAAACCAUUGAUUACCUACCAAAGUGACUGGGAGAGUUAAUAAAAUAUACACCAGUAUCAUUCCAAGAGCCAAGUAGAAAUUUAGACAAAUAACAUGACAUUGUCUCUGAACUCCAGUGAUCAUCCCUCUACCUUAGACGAGGCUCAUCAUGUUCAGUUUUGCACAGAUAAAUUGUGUUUUUAUUAGUUUUUUUAAGAAAUUUAGCAGGUUUUCACAUGGCUUUAUGUCCCCUUGAAUUAAAGUUUACCUCCUGCUGCAGGUUGGAGAAUGCUUUAACUU